AAUGGAUCCCAACUGUUCCUGCGCCACUGGUGGUUCCUGUGUCUGCUCUGGUUCCUGCAAGUGCAAAGAGUGCAAAUGCACCUCCUGCAAGAAGAGCUGCUGCUCCUGCUGCCCCAUGGGCUGUGCCAAGUGUGCCCAGGGCUGCAUCUGCAAAGGGGCAUCGGACAAGUGCAGCUGCUGCGCCUGAUGUGGG